AUACAUAUAAGAGAAAAAAGUUUUCCAAAAAAUUUUUAUUGUGCUCAAUACGGUAGGUUAUAACAAUAUCAUAUGGGUUGUUCAUUUUAAGCUUUCUCUGAAUCAAAUUUUAUACGAGAAAAGUGCAGAAUUCUUGCGGAUGAGAAACUGGGAUGAUUUUUAGGCUCUACCAUUCAGAUAUUUCCUAGAAGGAAAUAUUUGCGACUUUGAAGUCUAUGACAAAUUUUGCUUUAUCCAUUAAGACCUAUCUGGCUUGAAUAUUUCAAAUAUUUCUGAUGAAGCGUUGCUCUUAAGUUUUCUUUUUCAUACUAAUUUUUACUAGUGCAUUCUUCUCUUUCGUUCCGGAUAUCUUUUUAGUAUGAUGAUAAAAUGAUACUCUCAGUAAAUCCACACCCAAUGAAAUAUUAGAUUAUCGCUGUCGUCUUGAAAGUCCGACGUCAAUUAGGUCGUUCAGGCGUUAGUCAAAUCUAUCAAAUACGUAUACUUGAAGGCGAAUGAUUUGCUAUAUUAAACGAGUUAUAUCCUCAUUUAAAAGAUAAAUUAUUAAAUGACUAUGGUGGUCGUUCAUAUUCGUUAAAAGAUGAAGCAAGACUUGUAUCGAGUGGUACUUUAUUAAAUCAAAAUUUAACUAAAAAUCUCGAGUGGUUCUGUAUUGAUCGUUUUACUUUAGAAACAGUUUUGAGAAAAGAAUUAUGUUUACAAUUUGGAAAUCAAAUUGAAUGGAAAUGUAAUGCACGAGUAGUUCAACUAAUUGUUGAUCAAUCAGCCAAUACUGUUCAAGGUGUCAAAUAUCGAUUAAAAGAAAAUGUUGGUUCAUCAUUAUUAGAUGUCUAUGGUGAUUUUAUCAUUGACUGUACUGGUCGCAACACAUCAUCAAUAAAAUGGUUAAAAGAUAAUUUUAAUUUAAUUGUACCAACU